GCAGGUACAGACGAACGUGCUGGGUUGUGUGCUCGCUUCGUGGUCAGACACGCGUGGACGCUAAUAUGUACUGCGGGAUCCUGUUCGUGGAUACUGCAGGAGUUGUGUGCUGUAACCAUUGAUGAAGGAGGUCUACUUUUAAGAAGACUAAGAAGUACCAAGAUAUACAGAGGAGCACCAGGUGAGGAAGGAAGCAAAGUAAAGAAAGAGCUUUGAGAAGAAUUGAGAGGCCGACAGUGCCCUCUGUAACAGAUGUGGUUGACAAUAGCAUCAACAACAAAAAGACAGACAAAAUAUGUGAACCAAUCAUUUCAAGACACUGGAUGUCAGAUGACAAAGGACAGUCACCGCUGAGAUGGAAAACCAGCGAGCUUCACCUGCUCGGGAUCUGCCAUUAUUCAAGAAAGUGUCAUCAAGAACAAAGAGGGCAUGGAAGCCGCGUUGCUAACUGCCCAGUCCCACACACUGGUGACCUUCAAGGAUAUUCUUGUGAACUUCACCAGGGAGGAGUGGAAACUGCUGGACUCUGCGCAGCAGGUCAUGUACAAAGAUGUGAUGCUGGAGAACUAUAAAAACCUGGUUUCCUUGGGGCAUCAGCUUCCCAAGCCAGAUGUGAUCCUCCGGUUGGAGAAAGGGGAAGAGCCGUGGCUGUUGGAGAGAGGGAUUCAGCAGGAGACCCAUCCAGAUUUGGAGACUGCAGUUGAAAUUAAAUCAUCAGUUUCCAGUAAGAGCAUUUCCAAAGAUAAACAAUCCUAUGACAUUAGAAUGGAAGGAAUGGCAAAGAAUGAUCUCUGGUAUUUGUCGUUAGAAGAAGUCUGGAAAUGUGAAGACCAGUUGGACAAGUAUCAAGAAAACCAGGAGAGACAUUUGAGGCAAGUGGCAUUCACCCAAAAGAAAGUACUUACUCAAGAGAGAGUCUGUGAAAAUGGUAAAUAUGGGGGAAACUGUCUUCUUCCUGCUCAGCUAGUACUGAGAGAGUAUUUCCAGAAACAUGACUUAUGUACUAAAAGGUUAAAACAUGAUUUAGUUUUUAGUGGUCAUCAGGAAAGCUAUUCAAGUAACAGUAAUGAAUGUGGUCAAACCUUCUGUCAAAACAUUCACCUUAUUCAAUUUGCAAGAACUCAAACAGAUAAAUCCUACAAAUCCCCUGAUAAUGAUAACUCUCUUACUCAUGGUACAUCCCUUGGUAUAUCGAAGGGUAUACAUAGAGAGAAACCCUAUGAAUGUAAGGAAUGUGGGAAAUUCUUCAGCUGGCGCUCUAAUCUUACCAGGCACCGGCUUAUUCAUACUGGAGAAAAACCCUAUGAAUGUAAAGAAUGUGGAAAAUCUUUCAGUCGGAGUUCUCACCUCAUUGGACAUCAAAAGACUCAUACUGGUGAAGAACCCUAUGAAUGUAAAGAAUGUGGAAAAUCCUUCAGCUGGUUCUCUCACCUUGUUACCCAUCAGAGAACUCAUACAGGUGACAAACUGUACACCUGUAAUCAGUGUGGGAAAUCUUUUGUUCAUAGCUCCAGGCUUAUUAGGCAUCAGAGAACUCAUACUGGAGAGAAACCUUAUGAAUGUCCUGAAUGUGGGAAAUCUUUCAGACAGAACACACAUCUCAUUCUGCAUCAGAGAACUCACAUUAGAGUGAGGCCCUAUGAAUGUAAUGAAUGUGGGAAGUCUUACAGCCAAAGAUCUCACCUUGUUGUGCAUCAUAGAACUCACACUGGACUAAAACCCUUCGAGUGUAAAGAUUGCGGAAAAUGCUUUAGUCGAAGCUCUCACCUUUAUUCACAUCAGAGAACCCAUACUAGAGAGAAACCAUAUGAAUGCCGUGAUUGUGGAAAAUCCUUCAGCCAGAGUUCUGCCCUCAUUGUGCACCAGAGAAUUCAUACUGGAGAGAAACCAUACGAAUGUUGUCAGUGUGGGAAAGCCUUCAUUCGGAAGAAUGACCUUAUUAAGCAUCAGAGGAUUCACGUUGGAGAAGAAACCUAUAAAUGUAAUCAGUGUGGAAUUAUCUUCAGCCAGAACUCUCCAUUUAUAGUACAUCAGAUAGCUCACACUGGAGAGCAAAUCUUAACAUGUAAUCAGUGUGGGACAGCACUUGUUAAUAGCCCCAACCUUAUUAGAUACCAGACAAAUCAUUUUAGAGAAAAUACUUAUUAAUAUAGUGAAUAUGGAAAAUUCUUCACAAAGAGCAGUAACUUUAUUUUGCAUUGGGGAACUCCUUUUGGAGAGAAGUUGUACAGGUGUAAUCUAUGUGGAAAUGCUUUCAACCUUGUUACCACCAUUUUGUGCACUAGAGAAUUGGUCCUGGAGGGGGAAAAACCCACAGAUAUUAUUUUAGUACACAAAUAUGUCAGAUUUUCUUCUUUCCACAAAUUCCUGCAAAAGUAAUUGGCCUGGGAGCAUUCUUGACCAAGCCUUAUGUGCUAAAAUCAAAGGAAACAUUAAGCAGAGGAGUUGUUGAGACCGUGCAGCUUUAUUACCUUCUUCAAAAAUAUAAAUAAAUGAAAAUGCUACUUCAAAAAGAUAAAUAGAUGAGAGUUGUUGCUGAGAAGAAUAAAAAGUUGAUAUAGGUAUUGUAACAAAAGAUGGAAAAUAAUAUUCCAGUGAAUUAUUAAGCCAUUUGUUACUUGGUUGUCCCUCUUUUCUGAGACACUUAGUAGUGUUUAGUCUGCUUUAUGUGUCUAAUGUAAACUAUAUUUCGGUUAGCAGCAGGGAAGAUGCUUAUAAUGUAAAGCAGAAAAAGAACAACACAUUUACUAGUAGUACCCAUUUUUAAAUAUAUUUGCAUGUGGGCAAGAAUUGAAAAAAUAUCUAUAGAUAAAUGAACAGAAUUGAUUUGUUAGAUAAUGGGAUUUUGAGUUCGUUUUAUAGUCUUUUCAUUGUUACUGUAAUAGUUAUUUGAAAACAUUUUUAAAUAUUAAAAAAAAGAUAUCUAGUUUCUCUAUUUCACCAUCAAGGAAGCUUGAGAACCACCUGCUAGCAAACUUCCCUUAAUUCUAAGUCAUUCGGCUCACAGUUAGAGUUGUGCUCUUUGAAACAGGGUGCUAAAGGCUCCUGGGAUUUUAAAAACAGUGAUUCUCUGGACAUUGGGACUUAGAGGAAUAUUUGGUAUUUGAACACACCAGGGAGGUUCUCUGUUUGAGUGGGAGCAGGUACCUGGGCAGUGCUUAGAGCAAGUAUGCUCAUGAAAUAAAUACAGCAGUGCCCAAAGCCACCCUCUUUGCAAGGUAGUCUUUUGUCUUAUGAAGAAAACUUAGUUGUUAGGAGCAUAAGCUUGAGUUCGCAUACCCAGGUUGAAAUCCCACCUCUGUCUGUAACUUACUUGUGAACUUGGGCAUGCUACCUCGCUGCUCUGUGCCUGACUUAUAAUAUCCUCCUCUGUAAGUUAGGGAUAAGAUCACUCACCUUGUCAGAUUGUGGUAUUAAAUGAAUAAACGUAUAAACAGCUUAGAAAAGUGCCUGAUGUAUGUUAAGUACUUUAUAAUUAUUAGCUGUGAUUAUUAAUGUUACCGCUAUUGCCUGCCCCAGUGUCAUUUAAUGUAAACCUGCUUGAGUGCUAGUAAGAAAAGAUUGAGUUCCCACUUCCAUUUUAGUCAUAUGUGUUUUUCCCUUUUACCUGCAUCAGAACUUAGCAACCUGAGGAAACCACUCACCCAGAGUGGGUGUAUGGAUUCAUUUCUGAGGAUCAGUAAACGACUUUUAAUAUUGUAUGCAAAAUUAUUUUGUUUAUACAGUGGUUUUCUCUUCUAGGGAGAGGAUCCUAAUCUUCAGAUUCACUGGUAAAUCCAUGACCCAAAAAAAACUUACAGAAUCCAUUUUAAUUCUCUGUUUCAUCCUAUAAAUGGAUCUGUGUGUGGGGACUGACCGUUAUGUGCCAUUUUCUAGCAAACAUAUAUAUUAGGUGCUCACUGAUUGAUUACUGAAUGAUAAAUAAAUAUUACUGAGAUCAACAAGACAAAGCUCCUGGCGUCUCUCCCGGGAAAGUCUAGAAGUGAUUGUUAGAAUCGCGAGACUUGAGACUACAGGGAGCAUGAGACCAUGUCACUUGCACUCUUCACGUGCAGUUGAGAUAAGGGGAGUUGGCACAGCCUUCACGUUCUGAGUGAAGUCAGACCCAGAACUAGAUCCCAGUGACUGCUGCUCUCUGCAGUGCUUACCUGCCAUUCAUGUGUUUGACAGACUCCUGUCAGAAAUAGUUUUCAUCAUAAUCAGUGGUUCUUUUUGGCAGUAGAAGAGCAGCCCCUUAAUUGAGCCUCUUAGAAUUUCUGAUAACUUAUGGCUGAAUUUUCCUCAACUGUGUAAUGGAGAUACUACUAGUGUCUACCUCGGAGGGUUGUUGUGUGGAUUAAGUGAGACAAUGUGUAUAAAGUACUUAAAACAGUACCUGGCACAUAGUAAGUACUAUAUGUGUUAGCUAUUAAUAAUUAUACUACUAUUAUUAGUACCCAAAGGAAUGUGGGAAAAGAUACAUAGGUAUGGAUGAUCACUGAAACAUUACUUAUAAUAGUGCAAAAUUUGCAAUAUAAAAAAUGUAUAAUAGCAAAAUGAUUAUAGCAUAUCAGUGUAAUGGAAUAGUAUGCAAACAUUAAGAUUAUGCAAAGUUUGAUAACAAAAAAUGUUGAUGCUGUGAAGUGUUAUUUAAAAAAGUGUGAUAAAUAAUAGUCAAUAUAGAAUAAGCUAAAAUAUGUAAAAAUAAAUGAAUUGUAAAAAAAUGAAUCUUGCUCAAAACAAAGGAAAUUUGUCAAAAGAUUAACAGCAGUUAACCUACAUAUUGAGAGAAUUGGUGUUUGCUUUUCUAUUUUUUUGUACUUUUCUAUUCUUUGCAAAGUCUCUUCAAAGAAUAUAUAUUACUGUUAGGAUCAGGAAAACAAUCUCUUGAGUGAUGAAAUAUAUUCUCUUCAGAAGUUCUUACCUACAAAAAGCUACUAGAAUCUUAAUAAGGGAAUUUGGCAAGGUCACAGGAUACUAGAUCAAUAUACAAAAAUUGAUUUCUGUGUACUAGCAGGGAACAAUUUGAAAGUGAAACCAGAAAUAUAAUCCCACUUACAAUGAUGCAAAAAUGUGAAAUACUUAGAUAAAUUUAAUGAAAUGAGCAAGAUUUGUACAGUGAAAAGUAUGAAAUAUUGCUGAAAGAAAUUCAAGAACACAUAAUAAAAAAUACAUAAUGAAUGGAGAAAUUUACCAUGGUCAAGGGUGGGAAAACCCAAUAUUGUUAAGAUGACAGUUCUCCCCAGGUUAAUCUUUAGGUUCAGAGGCAUUUGUGUGGAAAUUGACAAGCUAAUCAGAAAUGUAUAUGGAGAUGCAAAGGAUCUAGAAUAACCAAAGCAAUUUUUUAAAAAGAACAAUGUUGGAGGGCUUACACAACCUAAUUUCAAAGUUUACUGUAGAACUAUACUAGUAAAAUGUUGGCAUGAGGAUAGAUAUAGAUCAGUAAAACAGGAUAGAGUCCAGAAAUUGACCUACACAUGUUGUCAAUUAAAUUUUGACACAAGUGCCGAAAUAAUUCAAUGUGGAAAAGAGUCAUUUAAACAAAUGAUGGUGUAACAACUGGAUAUUUGUAUGGGAAAAAAAAAACCCUCCCCUUACCUCACAUUACAUACAAAAAAUAACUAAAAAUGCAUCACAAACCUAAAUGCAAAAGCUGAAACGUUUAUUUUAUUUUUUUUGUGAGGAAGAUCAGCCCUGAGCUAACAUCCACGCUAAU